GCGCCCCCCGGGCUCGCCCCGCCGCCGCCGCCGCCGCCGCCGCGGCCCCGCGCGCGGGAGGAGGAGGAGGAGCCGCCGCCGCCGCAUCAAAGAGACCCGACUCCCGCGGCCUGGGGGGGAGUCAUGCCCGGCCGUCGGUGAUGUCCGCGGAACAGGACAAGGAGCCCAUCGCGCUGAAGAGAGUUCGAGGUGGCGAUAGUGGACUGGAUGGUUUAGGAGGACCAACAGGUGUACAGCUUGGAAGUCCAGAUAAGAAAAAGCGCAAGACAAAUGCACAGGGGCCUUCUUUCCCCCCGCUGUCGGAGUACGCGCCGCCCCCAAACCCAAACUCGGACCACCUCGUGGCGGCGAACCCGUUCGAUGACAACUACAACGCCCUGUCCUACAAGCCCGUGCCCGCGUCCAGCGCGUACCUGGGCCCCGGCUACGCGGGCUUCGGCGGCUACGGCACGUUCAGGAUGCCCCCGCAGGCGCCCCCGCGGCUGUCGGGCCCCUACUGCGCGCCCUACGCGCUCAGGAACCAGCCGCACCCCUUCCCCCAGAACCCGCUGGGCGUGGGCUUCAACCGCGCGCCCGCCUUCAACUUCGGCCCCCCGGAGAGCCCGGGCUUCGGCAGCCCCCCCUACGGCGGCGCGCUGAGCCAGCACCUGCGCCCCGCGCCCGCCGAGGGCUUCGCGCCGCUCCCGGGGGGCCAGGUGCCCACCGCAGACCUGGCGCCCCCCUUCGCGCCGCCGCCGCCGCCGCCGCCGGGCAGUAACUCCAGCUUCGCGUCGCCCCUGGUGGACCCCCACCAGGCGUUCCUCCCGCCCGCGGGCGCCUUCGGACCGGCCAAGGCGGGCGCCCCCGCCAAGCCCGACUUCGCGGCGCAGGGAGCCCCCAAAAGCCUGGCCCCGAACCCCGCGGCGCAGGCCGGCCCGCACCUGGGCCUGGACGAGGCCCCCCCGGCUCCCCUGGAGCUCAAGGGCGCGGGCCGGGGGGGCGCCGCAGCCCCCCAGGCCGAGGCGGUGCACGGAGGAGGAGGAGCAGGAGGAGGAGGAUGCGCCAACGGGACGCAGCAGCAGCAGCAGCAGCAGCAGCAGCAGCAGCAGCAGCCGCCGCCGCCGCCGCCCGGAGCCCCCCGGGCCGCCCCCGCCGCAGAUGGGGGGGCCGCCGCCGACAAGGGGGGCCCGGCCCCGCCGCCGCCGCGGCCCGCCGACCCCGUGUACCCUUGCGGCAUCUGCACGCACGAGGUCAACGACGACCAGGACGCCAUCCUGUGCGAGGCGUCGUGCCAGAAGUGGUUCCACCGCAUCUGCACGGGCAUGACCGAGACGGCCUACGGGCUGCUGACGGCCGAGGCGGCCGCCGUGUGGGGCUGCGACGCCUGCAUGGCCGAGGACGACGUGCAGCUGCGGCGCACGCGCGAGCCCUUCGGGCGGCCCGCGGGCACCGGCGACGCGUAGCGGGGCGCGAGGGUCCCCCCGCCGCCCCCCGCGCGGGGCGGGGCCGGGGCUGAGGACUGGGGGCUUUGGCUUCUUCUAUUUUUUUUUUUUAAAGCACACGGAAAGAUGAUUUUUUUUUUCUUUUUGCCCUCUGGUUUGUCUUUUCUCCUGUGCUUCCUGACUAGUGCCAAGUUUGUCCUGUCUCUGUUUGCUCCCUUCCGCGGAACUAAUGUCCAUGAAGAUGCUUGAGAAAGUGUGAAAGGGGGCGUUGGGGAGAUAGCACAGCGGGUGGGGCGUUUGCCUUGCACGCGGCCGACCCGGGUUCGAUUCCCAGCAUCCCAUAUGGUCCCCCGAGCACCGCCAGGAGUAAUUCCUGAGUGCAGAGCCAGGAGUAACCCCGGUACAUCACCAAAAAAAAAAAAAAAAGUGUGAAAGGGUUGGUUAGGAAGGUUCACGGGGGUAUUUCAGUGCUGGACUUUGGUGAUGGCACAUUCUGUGCAUUUAGUGCAAAACUUAACCCCCCCACCCCCCAGGAGCUACUUAACAUCUUCAAAACAAAACACACAUGGCUGUAACAUGGAAGAAAGCGUAUAAAUUAAUGGGUAUUCAUAUAAUACUAUUGUGACACCAGGUUUUCCUCCCCCCUCUGGGCUUCUUCAGCUUAGUGACUUUUCACGUUUUGGAGUCAGGAUUUCCAGGGUAUCUGUAUGUACAGGUAUGAAACAGGUGUUGGCAUGUGGUAGGUGCUUAGUAUCUGUUUAACUAAUCUGUGGAUUGUACCACACGAAAUUGACUCUCCUGGAUGCACUGAAAAAUCGCAAUCCGUAGACUUGAGUUUCUCGUUGUGCUACUUGAAACUUGACUGUCAUUAUGCCCUUCAUUCUCAAUGACGGAGUUGUUUUGUUGUUGUCAUGCCGGAGAAAUAAACGCUAACGGUUAUCUUCAAAAAAUUUGAAAUACUUUAAAAGUAUAUUUUUAGCUCAGACAGACGGCACAUGAGGUAAGUAGAGUCACCAGUUCAGCCCUAUGAGACUCUUGCUAAAGACCUGGGUGGCGAUUUGAAAGAUUGUGCUCGGGACUUUAAAAACGAACCCGGGGCCAGGGAGGUAGUUCAGGUUUGACCCCCAGCACCCUUCUCACUCCCCCCCCCAAAAUGAGCUUUUGCAGAUAAAAAUCCAUUUUAAGCAUUGAAGAUCUAGGGUGAAAGCAAACUCAUAGUUCAAGCCCUUGUAGCAGAAAAAAUUUCCUGCUAUGACUGAGGAGGUAAUAAAAACAGACCUUCAGGGGCUGGAGCGAUAGCACAGCGGGUAGGGCGUUUGCCUUGCACGCGGCCGACCCGGGUUCGAUUCCCAGCAUCCCACAUGGUCCCCUGAGCACCGCCAGGGGUGAUUCCUGAGUGCAGAGCCAGGAGUAACCCCUGUGCAUCGCCAGGUGUGAUCCAAAAAGCAAAAAAAAAAAAACCAGACCUUCAGAGUAUUGACUUUGGGACCACACCCAGUGGUGCUUAUGGGUUUCUGCUGACUCGGCUCAGAGGUUCUCGGCCCACUGGUUCUUGGCGGACCCAGUGGUGUCAGGAAUUGAACGUGAGCCUCCAUCCUGCAAACCCUGUGCACUAAGCCCUUGAGCUAUCAGCCCCCAGGCCUUGGAAGAAUACUAUUUUUGAAUCAAUCAUAACUUCUGACCAAAAAAUACAGUGAUAGCAGUUUACAUAAUGGUUGAAUAUUAGUAAAGCGCCUAAAUUCAUGCUAUCAGGAACGACUCCUGAGCACCAAGAUGGGAGUAGCUCCUGAGCACUGCCAGAUGUGCCCCCUCCAAAACCAAAAACAAGUAUACGUGAAAAGUUUGCUUUCAAAAACUUCCUCUGGGUAAUAAACGUGAAUCCACCCUUUUACAUGGUAACACAUGACCCCAGCGUGCCAGAAGCCACAAAAGCUAAUUGAAUUUUUGUCGUAUUUUAUUAUGUCUGUAGCAAUCACCUAAUCUUUAUCCAGCAAGCACCCAUCUUUUCAUUAUUUGGAGUUUUGUCUUUAAGAAACAGUAUUUUGGCAAGAGAGAUUGGAUUGGAGGGAAGGCAUUGGCCUUGCCUGCAGCCCCCAUAUCUCCUGACACCCCGUGGUCCCAGAGAAAAGAACCAGGAAUAGCCCCCGACACCACUGGCCCCCAAAUAAAAAGCCAUGCAAAUUGAGAAACAACAUUUCCCAAUUAAUAAGCAGUUAUUAGGAGACUUGAGUAGACCAACAGUUUAUGAGUCUCAAAUCAAAUUAAAUUGAAUAUCCUGUUAGAAUCAUCCCUGCCCAUGAUACAUGUUUUGAUGAAUAUACAUAAAGAUUUUGUUAAUAGCAUUUUAAUUUCGACCUCGCAAACACAAGUUUCAUAUAGUACGGGAUAAUAGGUUUUCUCCAUUUGCCUACGACCAGUUAGAGUUUGGGUUAUGCCCAAUAGGGUCAGAAAGGAUCAUAGGCAGGGCGCUUGCCUUGCAUGCAACAGACCCGGGUUUCAUCCCUGACACUGCAGAGGGUCCUCCAAGCUGGUGGAGGACCGCUAGUGACCCCUGAGUCACCUCCAGGAGAGCUGGAAAUAAGCCCUGAGCACAGAUGGGUGUGGUCCAAACCCCACCCCUCCACCUGAAAUUCCAAUCACUGUAAAAAAAUGUCUUUACAAGGGAAGAAACAAACUUACAUAAACUCUAGCACUAGAUUCUCCUGUGUGUACGAAGUACCAUUCGAAGCAAAUUCAAAUGUGGUAUUUGGAACUAACUCUUAAUAUUUGACAUGUGCCGAAGCAUACUUGAAGGUUCCCUUCUGCUUAGAUCACUGUAGAGACGCAGUUUUUCUAAAUGUUUUGAGGUGUCUAGUCAUUCUGUUCUUGACACACUAGUGAGUCACUGUAUCCUCGCACUGUAUCCAGUAUUCCCUGUCUUAGCAUCGCUAUCUUUUUCGUGUGUGUUUCUGAAUACAGCUAGUCAGUAACUAGAAGACACGUACUCAAAGCUAUCAAAACAAGACUACAUGGUAGUACUAGAGUUACAUUGAUUAAAAUUAGACUUGUAGUUUCUUGUUCACAGUAUCAGUAAUUUUAUGAAAAUGAAAUAACCUCUCCCAAGCUAGUUCUUAAAGAUGCUUGAUUUUUUUUCCUUUCAUUUUUCAUUUCCAAGUGAUGGUCUUUUAAAACUUAAAACUGAUGAAUUUUCAUUAAUGUAUUUAGGUCUUCAAAGCAUCUUACAUAAAUAAAGUAUGUAAAGAUUCAAAAGAAAAAUCCCAGUUUAUGCUGGUAAUGAAUCCUAGGCAAAUUGUAAUCCUUGGCUGGUGAAUGGCUUUAUGUACUUGACUUAAUUUUCAUACAAGUUACACAUUUGUCAAUAAUUAAGUCAAAACGUUUUUGGGUUUUGUUUUUUUUUUUUUUUUUUUUGCUUUUUGGGUCACACCCGGCUACGCACAGGGGUUACUCCUGGCUCUGCACUCAGGAAUUACUCCUGACGAUGCUUGGGGGACCCUAUGGGAUGCUGGGAAUUGAACCUGGGUCCGAGGCAUGCAAGGCAAACGCCCUCCCCGCUGUGCUAACACUCCCGCUCCAUGAUAUGUUUUUGGUAAGCAAUGUUGAGUACAGAGUAUGCGUAACAGGGUCAGAAAGGGUGGUAGGUGGGACUAUAGAUGGAUUAUGCCACAGAACUAACUUGCUGGGUUUGACCCGCAGAAGACUACUAUGUCAACUGACACUGCUUGCUUGCUUUUGUGUUGUUGGGCCACACCCAGCCGCCGUGCUCAGGGCUUAUUCCUGGCUCUGAGCUCAGGGGUCGCUCCUGAAAGGCCCUAUGGGGGUGGGAAUCCCUCAGAGUCAGCAGCGAGGGAGCCAAGCACCCCGCCUGCGGCACUGUUGCUCCAACCCCUGGUGUGCCGUUCUUAUUUUGAAAUUUGCCGAUCUACGCUUUAAAAAAUAUUCAGUGGUGGAUGGGGGCUGGAGCGAUAGCACAGCGGGGAGGGCGUUUGCCUGGCAUGCGGCCGACCCGGGUUUGAUUCCCAGCAUCCCAUAGGGUCCCCUGGGCACCGCCGGGGUAAUUCCUGCGUGCAGAGCCAGGAGUGACCCCUGUGCCUCUCCAGGUGUGACCCAAAAAGCAAAAAGAAAAAAAUAUUCAGUGAUGGAAAGUAAUACCUGUCCAGCACCUCACACCGUUUUGCUGUGAUUCUUUUUUUUUUUUUUUCAUUCCCCCUCAUUCAUUCCAUUGAGUUACUUCAUCAUGUACGUACAAAGGCACGUACACAACAGAGCAGAAAAUCUUGGAGUUGCUUCUAGCUUUCCAAGUUUGCCCGAGUCCAGCCUUGCUGAUAAGGCUGAGGCUUCCCCCUAAGGCCAAGGUAGUGAAGGACAAUUCUACGGCAUCGACACUCCUUUCUCAGGACUUGUUUGUUUCACGAAAGAAUUUCUGGCCCCCUUGCUUCUAGAUGCUACUGGACUCACUAGUACUCAAAUAAAUUAGCUCGUAAGAGAAAAACAAAGUACUCUUCAGCUAAAGUGCUUAGAACUAGAUUCGUGAUCUGUGUUUUCCUUUUGUGUGACACACUUAGGCGUACUGAUAGUCUGAAUAUUGUUACUCAAAUUAGAUUGUGUACAUAAAACAAGAUUUUCUUGUCCUAAUGCUUAUUCUUCAUAAACUGGUGUGUUAUUCAAAAUUGAUUUUUUCUUUUAGUGUUUUUUUUUUUUUCUUUUAGAUUCCCAACUCUGCCUUCGUGGUAGGUGGGAAAACUCACUAGUAUGGGUUGCCAUGAACUGUGUUGACUUUAUUUUCAAAAAAAAUAAAUAUCAGGAGUCUUCAUCAACUAUUCUUUCAGACAUGCUCACCCUUAGCAUUCUAAUAAAGCCAAUCCAAUUCUCAUAGUAAUUGCAUUUGAUAGUGAAAUUAAUAAGCAGUUAUUUUAAGGGAGCUCUUCUGCAUGAGCAAUUUGUGAAUUUUUUUUAUCUUCUUAAUUAAAAAAUUAAAAACAUCCAGACUCCCAAUGUUUAUUUGUAAAUAGUGAUUUGGAACUCUAUAAAAUUAUCCGGACCUUAGGAGAUCUCAUAAAGGCCUCAACUAUAGGUUACUUAACCCAUCAUGGUGUGCUUGGAUGUCGUUCCCCCCCUUUUUUUAUUUUAGGAACUGACCGUUGUAGAGGGAGAAAUAAGCAACGGUUAUUCCUUUUCCCUGAUGUGAUUCAGGAAGAUGAAGUUGUUUGGUGCGUUUCCCACCUGCCCUGUCACCAUCCCAAACUCUCUGGUGACAGGCUGUAGAUAAGACUUUGUGCCUCCCAUUUUCCAGCCCUUCCUCAGAACACCCUCGUCUCUGAGAUGCUACGGUGGGCUCCAUUGGACGGGAAACAUGUUUCACACCAAAAUGCAGACAAAGAUAGUGAAGAAAGUGGGAUUACAUUGCUUUGUCCUGUGUAAGAGCUGCCUGUCUACUUUAGCUUCAGGUGACAGAACCACGUUUCAGUCACCCUGGGAAGCAGCGUCUUGAGACUACCCAACUCCUCCCUUCCAUGGUCGGAACUGUUUCGUUUUCUUCCACUUCUGAUCUCUGAAGUUUUCUUCUCGUUUCCAGAUGUUGGAAACAUCCUCUUUUCUCUGUUUCAUUCAUCCGUUCAGUAGUCACAUCUGCAUUCUCCCAGGCUGGUACAACGGGCGCUGAGAGGCGCCCGUAGAGGAAGGAGGCAGUGAUGGGAACAUCACAUCACUCAAGGAGCAUCACAUCACUCAAGAAAAGUUACUCUUCAGGAAACAAAGGGAUUCCAGCUAGAUCCUUGCCAAAUCCACCAGAGGCUCCCUGAUUUAACACGUCCUAUCAAAUCCAAUUGAUCAGCUUCAUCUUCCUCAUACUUUGUGAAACCCAUAUUACUUGCAACUAUAUUGACGUAUCCUAAAUAUCUGUACCUUUCUUGUUCUGUAGAAGAGGUAGAGGACAUUGCUUGUUAGUCUAAAUAUUAUCUUUUAUAAGAGAAAGUCCUGCUUCUUACCAUGAUGUAUGUGACUUAAACGACUGUUUCAUAUUAAAACUAUUUCUUCUUUAUGUACUGUUUACAUAUACCUCUUUUUGGGAUAUUAGUUCAGUACUUUUAUACAAAAACUGAGUGUGUUCCACAUUGGUGACAUGUAUUUUUGCAGUAUUUUUCGUUUUGGUCGUAGAGCAUGUCUGAAGUAAUACAUGCACUAGUACUGUGGUUUGUGGCAAAAUUACUGUAAUUCAAAUUGGAAAAUAAAGUGUUUCCAGACUUUGUCCAACAUUUAUUCCUAUGGCAAAGGAAAUUACUAUGUAAUACUGAUUAUUUCUUAAUGCUGGUAUGUUUAAGCUACUCUAUGAAGUAUGUGAAACAUCUAUGAAGUAUGUGAAACAUAUGAAUUAGCAGAUGGCUUGAUGUCUUUAAAAUGGGAGAAAUGGGUAAAGUUUGGUGUUAGCACUAAUAAAUACUUCUUAAAAGUUUGAUCUUUUUCUUACAAUUUACUAAGGAAAUAUCCUAAUUGACAGUGUAUACUGGAAUUCUUAUACCAUACUAUUACAAUUAUGUACUUGGCUUUGAACUUAUUCCGAUAAUGUCCAACUAAAAUAAGAUAUUAUUCACUCCUCCAUAAUCAAAAUAAGUAGUAUUAAAUUUCAUUUAUCAAGAAACUAUUGGAACACCAUAAAACUACUCUGAUUUGUUUAGACCGUAUAGCCUUUGAGAUAAAGACGUGGUGUUCACUGUCUAUUCCAAGGAAAAUACUUGCUAAUCAAAGUCAUAUAUAAGGUUUUCUAGAAAAAUUUUCAUAUUGGAAAAAUUUUAAGUGAUCGGAGGUAUUUAUUUCAGAAUACAUGUUUAAAUGCAUUAUUUUGUCAGUAAAACAAGUACCUGAAACAAGCGAAAUGCAAAAUACUUGGCCAAUACAAAUUUAUAGAAUCAAAAGAAAAAAUAUGUUGAAUGCUUAAACUUCAAUUUUUUUUUCAAAAUACUCAAGAUUUUAGACUUGACUCAUUUCAGCUAUCCUGAAUUAAGAUUUGGCUUGUCGGGGGCCCAAGCAUCGCUUGUCCAGCGGGUAGGACACUUGCCUUGCACUCAGCCAACCCAAAUUUGAAAUUCGGCAUCUCCUAGGGUCCCCUGAGCACCACCAGAUGUGAUUCCUGAGUGCAAAGCCAGGAGUAACCCCGGAGUGCCAGGUGUGCCCAAAUGCAAAAAAAAAGAAAAAAAAAUGGACUCCUCAGGGCUAGAGUUAACUCAACAGACAGGCACAUGCUUGCUAUGCGGGAGACACGGGUUCAAUCCCUGCUUCACUUUGAAUGGUCUUGCCAGCACCUCUGGGACCAACCCCUGAGCAACAAUCCCAGGGGUACUGGGUAUGGGCCAAAAUACAAAAUACAAGAACCCCCUGACCUCUUGCAGCCCCCCGAAAAACCAAGACUGCUCAUCAGUGAUAGAUGUUACAAGAUGCAAUCUAUACUGAAGGAUACCUCCAUAGAGCUUCACUUUGGGCAUGGUUUGAUGGACUUUGUAUAUUUAUUGGCUAUUGACAAGAUCAAUAUAGAAAUAAAUCUGAUUCAGUUCCUUUUGAGGGUGUGUUGUGUGUGGGGGGGUCACACCCAGCAAUGCUUAGGGCUUACUCUUGGCUCUGUACUCAGGAAUUACUCCUGGAGGUGCUUAGAGGACCCUAUGGGACGUCGGGUUGAACCUGGGUGAGCCAAGGGCAAGGCAAAUGCCUCCCUGCUAUACUAGCUCUGGCCCCUUUUUCACUUCUUAAAGUUUUGUAAAAUGCCAACCAUCCAGCUAUGCCAUAAUCCCAUUACAUUUUACCUGGAUGUCCACUUUUUCAUGCAUCUUUUUUUUGUCUGUGUGUAUUACAUAUGAAGAACAACAUCUUAGGGAUUUAUUUUCUAUUAUUUUCAAUCUUUUAAAACUGCGCGUUUUUACUUUAAAUUGUAGAGGUAUACAUAAGUGAAUAAUUAUUGAAAAAAAAAUAAGCAUGAAAUGACUAAGUUCCCCCAAAUUAUUUAAUCAAUUAAUAGGUUCUUGUGUUGGUUACUUUUCUCAGAAAAAUUAAAUUGUCUUGGCAAGUGAUUGAAUGUGAUAAAGAAUAGGUAGUUUGAUGUUCUAAAGGCCUCCAAGUAUUAAAACAAGUAAUUAUCAAUUCUGAUACCUUUUAAUAAAUGUGAGCCAAUUCUCUCUUUUUUGAGAUAGGUUAUCUCUUAUAAUUUCUUCUUUUUAUAAUAUGUGAGCCAAUUCUCUCUCUCUUUUGAGAUAGGUUAUCUCUUAUAAUUUCUUCUUUUUAUAAUUUUUCCUUCUUCCUUAAACAUCAUGCUAGAAUUUUAAAUUGGGAUUUAACUUACUCUUCUGCACUUUCUUUAGAUAGUAGACAAGUAGUGGUGCUAUUGUACAAACAAUCCAUGAUAUUUUUUCUAUUUUUUUCAGGGAUCAUGCUAACUGUCAUUUAUGCAUUGUAUAAAGAAUGUUAUUUAUUAGCAUAUAGUCUAUUAAUAGAAAUGAUGUAUGGCAGGCUUGCUUGAACAAUAUAUAUUAUUGUUUGUUUCCUAUAGUGUUAUGAUUCAGAUUAUUUUAAAUAAAGCUAGUUUUCAAAGAGAAAAGUAACCUUUUAUUAGUGCUUGAAUUUCAUCAGGACAAGUAGCUGUGACAAUGUUGGCUUUGGAUAAAUGUCGCAGAAAACAAUAAACAAGGAAAUAGUCUG